UCCCAAAGCACACAACAACUGAAAAAACACAAACACCUUUCUAUCUUAUAUGUUCGGUUUGGCAAUGGAUCUAGCCAAACACACACGACUUCAAAUAUUGGGAUGCAUACUCCUGGCAUCUCUUGCAUUAACAAUGGCUGAUACACCACCGGGAAUAGCCAAGAACCCAAGCCACGCAACAUGUAAAAUCAAGAAGUACAAACAUUGCUACAACUUGGAACAUGUUUGUCCCAAGUUCUGUCCUGACAGUUGCCAUGUCGAAUGUGCCUCUUGCAAACCCAUAUGUGGCCCUCCUUCCCCUGACGAUGAUGGUGGCGAUGACGGUGGUGAUGACGGUGGUUACACUCCUCCCGCUCCUGUUCCACCAGUUUCACCGCCACCUCCUACCCCUUCCGUGCCAAGCCCUACUCCGCCAGCUUCGCCACCGCCUCCAACACCUACACCGUCCGUGCCAAGUCCCACUCCUCCAGUUUCACCACCACCUCCUACACCUUCCGUGCCAAGCCCUACACCGCCAGCUUCGCCACCGCCUCCAACUCCUACGCCGUCCGUGCCAAGUCCCACUCCACCAGUUUCACCACCACCUCCGACUCCUACACCGUCUGUCCCAAGUCCCACUCCACCAGUUUCACCGCCGCCUCCAACUCCUACACCGUCUGUGCCAAGUCCCACUCCUCCAGUUUCACCACCACCCCCCACUCCAACACCUUCCGUGCCAAGUCCUCCCGGUACGCCCACGACACCAGUCCCUCCAUAUUCUCCUCCUGUAACCCCUACACCCUCCGUUCCAAGUCCCACUCCUACUCCACCUUCCGUCCCAACUCCUCCAGGCUCUACUCCCGCGACUCCUACACCUUCUGUCCCAACUCCACCAGGCUCUCCCGCGACUCCUACACCUUCCGUCCCAACUCCUCCUGGCUCAACUCCCGCAACUCCCACACCUUCCGUCCCAACUCCUCCUGGCUCUCCCCCUUACGUUCCCCCGCCAUCAGACGACCAAGCAGGAGCAGGAGUCAGAAGGGCCAGAUGUAGGAAGCAGGGAUCUCCAUGUUACGGAGUUGAGUACACUUGCCCUGCCGCUUGUCCCCAUUCUUGUCAAGUCGAUUGCGUCACUUGCAAGCCUCUUUGCAAUUGCGACAAGCCAGGAUCCGUUUGCCAAGACCCACGUUUCAUUGGAGGAGAUGGUCUCACCUUUUACUUCCACGGCAAGAAAGACUCCAACUUCUGCCUUAUCUCUGAUCCUAACCUUCACAUCAACGCACAUUUCAUCGGUAAACGUAGACCUGGUAUGGCACGUGACUUCACAUGGGUCCAAUCCAUUGCCAUGCUCUUCGGCACUCACCGUUUAUACGUCGGAGCCCUCAAGACUGCCACGUGGGACGAUUCCAUUGACCGUAUCGCCGUCUCUUUCGACGGAAAUGUUAUCUCACUCCCUCAGCUAGACGGUGCCACGUGGACUUCUUCCCCUGGAGUGUACCCUCAGGUCUCUGUCAAGCGAGUCAACACUGACACUAACAACCUCGAGGUUGAAGUAGAGGGUUUGCUUAAAAUAACAGCAAGAGUGGUGCCAAUAACAAUGGAAGAUUCAAGAAUCCAUGGCUACGACGUGAAGGAAGACGACUGUCUAGCUCAUCUUGACCUCGGCUUCAAGUUCCAAGACCUUAGCGACAAUGUCGAUGGUGUUUUGGGACAGACUUAUAGGUCUAACUACGUUAGCCGAGUUAAGAUCGGAGUCCACAUGCCUGUGAUGGGUGGUGACAGAGAAUUCCAGACCAGCGGACUUUUUGCACCUGACUGUUCAGCCGCAAGGUUCACCGGUAACGAAGCAAGCAACGGUGGACAGAGCAAAUUACUGGAGCUCCCUGAGAUGAGUUGUGCCAGUGGCGUAGGUGGCAAGGGAGUGGUCUGCAAGAGAUAGACACUCUCCUGAUUUUAUUACUACUAUAUACCAUUAUACAAAUUGGUAACUACAACAUUAUAACUUAAUAAAAUGUGUAACAUGGUUGAUUUUUCCUGUAACAAUAUUAUUAUCGAGAAAAAGGAAACAUGUAAUUUUAUUUUUC